GGUCCUCCACCAACAGCGUUAAGAAGAGGAAAGCCCCGGGGGGUCAAACGGUGCAACAUGUGACCAGGCGGCCAAUGAAGAAGGCUGCGGCUCAAACUCGUGUCUGUCUUUCUCCGGGGCCCUCAGACGGUCUGCAGCCGCGCUCUGUGGAAGAAAGAUGCCGCCUGCUCCGGCAGAUGUGUCGGGUCCCAAGCCCGUGGACGGGGGCUGGGGCUGGAUGGUGGUGCUCGGCGCCCAUAUUUCCAUUGGGUUCGCAUAUUCCACUCCAAAAGUCCUGUCCAUUUUCUUCAAGCCGAUCAAAGAAGACUUGGGGGCCAGCUAUAGUGAAAUAGCAUGGAUUUCCUCCAUCAUGCUGGCUGUAAUGUAUGCAGGCGGUCCAGUGAGCAGCGUGUUGGUCCGUCGCUUUGGAAGUCGACCAGUGGUCAUGAUGGGCGGACUGAUGUGUGGGGUUUCUAUGGUAACGGCCUCAUUUGGGAGCUCCAUCGUUUACCUCUACCUUUGCAUUGGCAUCAUUGGAGGCUGGGGACUCUGCUUUAACCUGAACGCGUCUCUCACCAUCAUCAGUAAAUAUUUCCUUGCCAAGCGACCGUUGGCCAACGGCCUUGCCAUGGCCGGCAGUCCGGUGUUCCUCUGCUUCCUGGCCCCGCUCAACCAGUAUCUCUUAGGACACUUUGGCUGGAGAGGAAGCCUGCUUAUCCUCGGGGGUAUGAUGUUAAACUGCUGCGUUGCGGGGGCCGUAAUGAGACCUGUCGCUCAGCACUCUGCGCCACCGAAGGAAGUGGACCAGCCAAACAACGCCAAGUCGAAAGGGAGCCGUCUGAAAAAAGUCAAGACCUUUGUGGAUCUGUCGUUCUUCAAGGAUCCGGGCUUUAUUAUUUACCUCGUUGGAAACGUGAUGUUCAUCUUUGGCGCCUACGCGCCCAUCGUGUUUUUGUCGGCGUACGCAGUCAGCCGAGGCGUAGAGGAGUACUCUGCCGCCUAUCUGCUCUCCAUCAUGGGCUUCGUCGACAUGUUUGUUCGGCCUCUCACGGGGCUGGUAGCCAACAGCAAGUGGGUCAGGCCGAGGAUCCAGUUCCUCUUCAGCUUCGCCAUGGUCUUCAAUGGCACGUUCCACCUCCUCUGCCCCCUGAUGAGGACCUACCCGCUGCUGGUGGCCUACGCUGUGUUCUUCGGAGUGGGCUUUGGGAUGGUUUUCGCACUAAUAUUUGAAUGCCUCAUGGACCUGAUGGGAAACCAGCGCUUCCCCAGUGCUGUUGGACUGGUGACCAUCAUAGAGUGCUUCCCCAUGCUCUUGGGACCGCCGGCUGCAGGGUUGCUGGUGGACAUCUUUGAUGACUACAAGUACCUUUUCUUCAUGUGCGGAGGAGUGAUCACGACUGGUGGGCUCUUCCUCUUCGUCAUGAACUUCUAUAACUACAACAGGUUAGAGAAAGCGAAUAGAGGAAAAGAAACGGAGCAGAACCAGAACACCGUGGAGAACCAGGAGCGGGCGAGCAGCUCAGAGGCUCAGAUGGAACUGAUGGACUCUGAGGUGAAAGAGACGAACACGGCCCAACCAGAAUACUCACAGUUGGGUAGUAACUAGCUACAUUUAUUCAAUUACAUUUACUUGAGUAACUUUUUUUGAAGAAAAAAACAAGAGACAAUUUUAGGAGUACUUUUACUACGCUUCACUUUUUACUUUUACUUGAGUAAUUUUAUUGUGAAGUAUCGUUACUCUUGAGUAAAAUUUCUGGAUCCUCUACCCACUGAAUAAAAACAACAAACAUGUUUUCACCAAAAGUUCACCAGACAGACACACACCUGCAGUUUUUUGUUAAAGUUUCAUAAGUAUUUUUAUCCAAUGAAUCUGACUUGGUAAAAUUUUCUUUUUUUUUUAAUCAUCUAUAUGAAUGAUGGUCAUUUUCAUCCUUAAAAUACCCCCCAAAAAAUCCACAUAUCUUUGUAUUUUGAUCCGUCUGAAAAUAUGAUUUUCAAACAUUAAAUGAUUGAUCAUGUAAUCUGUUACACACAACUUGAGUAGAGUUUUUACCAAAUACUUUUUUACUCUUAAUUAACUGGACGGAUACUUUUUACUUUUACUUGAGUAAGUAUAUUUUGCUGUAGUGCUGCUCUUUUGGGUACUCUGCCCACCUUUGGUAAUACUGUAUAGUUUAAUUCAUGCUUUAUUGUCAGCAGCAUUAUCUCAAACUUUGGAGAAGUCAAGCCUUUAAUGUUAGUAAAUAGUGUUUACCCUGCUUUCAUGGAGACUCUGUAUCUCCAUUGCACCAACAUGCCAGUUCUCUAACAGCGAGCUACGGAGGAUUUGCUGAAGUCAAAUUUAUAUCACCUUUGUUAAAAAGAAAAACUAAAUAUGCACUCUAAACAGCAGAUUUUAUUAAAAAACUGCUUUUUGAGAUUUUACCCACUGAUUAAUUGAAAGGCUGCAUUUUCUUCCACAUCUCCAUGUUUAUCUGAUCUUUACCCGUCUUUGCGACAGGAUCCAGUCAGUGUCACUGUUUCUGUAGAAUUUGUUCACACCCACCGACUGAGCCUGUUGCUAAGAUACCUCAAGACGACAGCCGUAUUUGGAGGGACAUGAUGGAUUUUUGAAGUAAAUAGAGGAGGUGUGAUGUCAACAGAUUUUACAAUAUUUUAUGGUUUUAUUUUCCUAUCUUAAGUUUAAGGUUUUUUUUCCUUCUCUGUCUGGAAUAUAAAGCCACAUUUUGUUGUCCUGUUACAUGUGAGGAGGUGAGAAUGAAUAUGUUUCAAAAAAACACUGUUAGGCUUUUAAGACAAUUCCCUGAAUAUUGGAGAAACAUUUACAUAAUUCAUAGAACUGUAAAAAAUGAAUUGAAUUUCUUCCUUUUCAAAUUCAUUUGAUCACGUUAAUAUUUUCUUGUCUAGGUCAUAUACUGUAGAAUAAACGUUGUUUAUUUCAUAUAAAAAAAGUAAAUGUGAACUCAAUGUGUUACAUGUGUUCCAAUCUAAGUGGCAACACCAACUUAAAACAGAUAAACGCCUUCAGCUGGUUUUUGUUUGCAGAACCUCAAAAAAAGAGAAGAAGUCUUAACUAAAUCGUGCACUCAUUAGAAUUUAUUCCCCAAAUAAAAUCAUUUUAUUUAACUUGAGUACUGUGCCAUUUCAACUAAUAAUGUAAAUUAUGGAGAAAAAAAACUAAGUAGUGGUGGCAGCGUCAACAUGCUGUGCUAAAAGCUCAACGUCUUGCAUUACCUGAGUAACAUCCCAGUCCAGACAGAGUCCCUGCCCAACAUGGCGGGUCACGUAUCCGCAGCCUGGCGCAGUGUUUCAUUAUUCCAUGUUUAUCAGUGUGUCAGAUUUUUUCCCCCCUACUUUUACAUUGUCUGUCGGUGCAUCUCAGGUGUGGACCAAAGCAGCCUGAGCUAAACUUUAUGUGUGAUUUUAAGGUUUAUGUGAAAUAUUAGCAAAUUUUAGCAUUCAUCUUUAAGUGUAUUGCAAAAUUAGUUGUGUGUGUUUUUAUUAUUAUUUUUACAAUUCCUCAUAUAAUUAAAAAGAUUUAUUAGAGCAAUAAAAAUUAAUAGUUUCAGUGUAUGCAUCCUUUGGAAAUGGUAAACACGAGUUAGCCAGUGACAUUUUGCACAUAUGAAGGUGUUUUAUGCUAUUCGACAGGAAAAUGUGUAUUUAAAACAUUCCUAAAUCUACAAUGCUGUAAAAAGUAAAGGAAAAAAAAAAGAUUUUUAAUGUUUUUGCUUUUUUUGUUUCACCUAAAUAUUUUAGAUCAUCAAAUAAGUUUGAUUAUCAGAGAGAGAGAAAAAAACCCAGUGUAAGUAAUUAAAAGAAAAAAUAAAAUAAAAGCAAUAAUUUCACUGCUUUGAAAAGUGAAAGAAAGGGGAAGAAGAGCCGCGCCGCUGGCCUCAUUGGAAAAAGUAAUUGCCCUCUAAACCUAACAACUGCUACUGAGCUUUUGUACCAGGUGAUAAAAGUCUUUUACAUUGCUGCAGAGAAACUAUUCUAUGCAGACAUGUUUUAAUUUAGCAACAAUAGAGGGUUUUUAAAAUCUUUUAAGAUCAGAACAUCUCGGCUUAAUGUGAGAUCAUUCUCCCUACUUCAUGUUGCCAGACAGCUUCUAUUUAUGUGACUUCUUGAUUCUCUAGGUCUGACCCAUUGACACUAGACUCAGCUUUCACACGGACGUGGUUAAUUGCAGUUAAUUCGUAAUUGAAAAGUAGUUAGGCUACUUUCCAUCGUAAAUACUUCCUAUCAUGUGGCUAUGAUGGUUUGGUGAACUUUUUUAUUUUAGAAAAAUAAAAACAGCAUUUUCUCUGGUUAUCUUUGUCUGCUGUUGAAAUAGAUUUAAUGAUCUGAAACGAAGUUGGGCAAAAAAAAAGGGAAGAAAAUCUGUAAGGGUGCAAAUACUUUUUGCAGCACUCUAGCUCCAGUGUUUCAGUCAAGAUGGCAGCUUUUCUAUUGUUUUAAUAAUUCCUAAAGACAUUUUCAUACAUGUCCAGUUUUUGUAUGAACGGUGUCCACUGUUAACCCUAAUAAAUCAGUUGUUUAAAACUCUA